UUUACAUUUCCGGGCUGAUGACACCGUUUUGCCGCAGGACACACAGCAGAGACGAUGAGCCUGUCACGGAACGGGACGCUGGAAAAGACGACGUCUGAGGCCCGGCCCUCCUCCAGAGCCGGGUCGGCGCUCGUGGUGCCGCCCCCUUAYGAGGCCCCGGGCGGCCCCCUGGAGCUGAGGGGCUCUCUGGACUGCUGGGCCUGCUCUGUGCUGGUGACGGCGCAGAACCUCAUCAUCGCGCUCAUCAACGGUGGACUGGCCAGCAUCAUCUUCGGCGUCAUCCUGACCCCGGCUCUGGUCAUGAUCACGUUCGGAUUCCUCUGCCACUCCACAGUGCAGCCCCAUGGAACGUCCUUGUACUGCUCAGACGACCUGCUGGACGACACCAGCUGCGUGGCUCUUCUGGUGGUGGGCUUCCUGCUGCUGACCCCUCUGCUGGUGUUGGCGCUCGCCGCCUACUGCCGCCUGGCUCGGCACCUGCAGCUCGGCAUGUGCUUCAUWCCCUACAGCCGUGCCGUCUACAAGAACCUGCCCACCUCGCGCCAACGAGGGCCUGACGCAGGGGGCUGCUGUGGCCAAAAGGAAGGAAAGGAAAGGGAUGGRAAGGGCAGCGUUUGGGUUUAGGAGUAGAAGAUGGAUGGGCAGAGUAGCUGUGAGCAAAAUAACCCCCCCAAAUAUCUCAUCCUUUGUAUUGAUUCUUUUUUCUUUUGUUUUUGCUUUUAUAUUGUAUUUGUGUUAUCAUUGUCGCAUAAGCAUACYGUUUAUGGAAAGUGUUUUAUACCUGUUUUACAAUAAAAUGAGCAUUUAUCUGCA